UGUCGGACGCCUAUGACGGUCAUGCACUCAGCUAGUGCGAGAAAGUCGGAGGGCGUGCUUACCCAGAAGCUAUCGGCGUGGGAUGCCCCCCGACUGACCACUGCUAUAGUGCUAAGGAGAGCACAGGAUGGUACCGAUCCGUGAUAGAUAGCGCCAGUGGUAAUAGAGUGCUGCAGCCCUGCUCGCAUCGCAUAAUGACUCGCUAGCCAGAUACGCCUUCCCUCCUUUCCCCUCAAACUUCAAAGUCCAGAAUAAUCAUGCCGAGCUUCGAGUUUUUGUUGGCUUGCGUCAAGACGAUCCUUUGGGACAUAUAUCUUACCAUCGCCAACAAACUCACUCCCGAUGCUCAGCCUGGCCGCCUCAUUCCCGCAGGGAGGCCCGGCGCUGGCGGAAAAUGGCCCAAGUUCGUCCCACCCUCUCCAGGGGACAGUCGGUGCUCGUGCCCAGCAUUGAAUGCUAUGGCAAAUCAUGGCAUCCUCCCGCACGAUGGCAAAAACAUUACCUUCACCGAAAUGGGUGAAAAGAUCCACUCGACGUACAACUUCGCCCCAUCCUUCUGCUAUUUCGUGCCCAACUUUGCGGCCAACAUGCUCGGCAGGAGCUACGCACGUCAUACCUUUGACCUCGCAGACCUCGAUUUGCAUAAUGGGAUCGAGCACGACGCGUCGUUGACCCGCCUUGACUCGGCGCUCGCGCCCGACCAGGGCACCCCGCACGAGCCCUUCGUCCGCGAGCUGCUCGACUCUGCGACCGGGCGCGAUGCUCGCACCGGCGAGCCACGCUUCACCGUCGCCGACCUCUCCAAAAUCUCCGCCCGCCGCCGCGUGCAAGCGCGCGCCACCAACGGCGCUUACUCCCUCGAGAAGGUUCAUCAGAAGUUUAGCGCGGCCAACACCUCCACCAUGCUGCGCAUCUUCGGCGGCAAGCUCGAUGACAUCGAGACGAUGCUCAUCGAGGAGCGCAUCCCGGACGGCUGGGAGUCAAGCACGAAGGCGCGGCACGGGCUCACGAUCCUGAGCUUUCAGGACACGGUGAAGGCGGUGGCGGCGGGGAUCGACGAGGGGGCGGCGGCGAGGGAGAUGGAGGCAGAGAAGGCGAGGGAGAUGGAGGCGGAGACGGCGGAGAAGAGGGGUGAGAAGGGGAAGGGUCGGGAGGGGGUUAUUGACGGACAGGCGCCGCUGUUGCGGUCGAGAAAGGGGAUGGGUAUUGGGCAGGCAUAGGAUAAGCAUGGGCACCCAAAUAAUCCAAUCUAACACCAUCUUGAUUCUUCCAAUGUACACGCAUAGCCUUAUGAAAGCACGUCUCAAGACUCAUAUUGCGUCGAAUUGCUGUCAGACCAUUUCCUUCACGUCCUUCCCCUCCUCCAUCUGCCCCAUCUUCUCCCCCUCCAAAACUCUCGCUGCUUCCGCCUCCAUCUCCCGCGCUGCCGCCCCCUCAUCAAUGCCCUUCGCCACAGCUUUCACCGUCGACUGGAACGACAGGAUCGUAAGUCCGUGCCGCGCCUUCGUGCUCGAUUCCCAGCCGUCCGGGAUGCGCUCCUCGAGCAGCAUCGUCUCCAGGUCGUCG